CACACCCCGACCCUGCUAUUCACCAAAAGGAAAAAAAAGAAAACCUCAUAUGUGAUUCUGAAUCCAAAGGCCAGCAGUGAAGUACUCAAGCGUCAUAGAUGGACUCUCAGACCAAAACAGGGAAGGUUUACCUCCAACCACUCAAAGCUGGCAAAAAAUGGAAGCCAGUGUGCUUGUCUCUGUUUCCCCACAGCAGCAAUGGAGUGGGUCGACUGGAGAUCCAGAAUAUGGGAGGGGGCGGGGCAGGAGGUGAUCACAGCGCUGUGGUCAGGAGACAUCACCAGCCUCAUGGGGACAGGAAGCUGAAAGUGGUCCGACUGUCCGAGCUGAUUAGUGUCCUCAGACUCCCCCCAAAUGCUGAGGCCUGUCCCAUGGAGAACAUGUCAGCAUUUUGUGUGGAGACACAGGACAGAACAAUGGUGUUUGCUGCACUCAAAGACGACUGCGUGGACUGGGUGGAAAAACUGUGUCAAAGCACCUUUCAGAGAGGUGGUGGCUCGAGCCCUAAUCAGUUUCAUAUGGAAGAAAACCAGAUAUAUGCCACAGUAAAGGAAGCCUCAGAGUUCUGGGUGGUGGUGCAGAGGACAGAUGCAGCAUUACGUUGCGGCCUCCAGGGGUCAUACUGGCUGCAGGUGGGGCAAGAAUCGCUACUUCUGAGAGAAACACAGAAGAUGAAUGUUAUUAGAGAAUGGCCAUACGAACUGCUGAGGCGAUAUGGAAAAGAUAAGCUGGCCUUAACAAUUGAAGCAGGCAGACGCUGCGACUCUGGUCCUGGAACCUUCACCUUUGAGACACAGCAGCCUGAGAAAAUAUUCUCCCUGAUUCAAAGUACCAUCAAACAGAAGUCUUCAUCUGGUACUUCAGGCAACCAUAACCAAGAGGGUGAGAGAGUUAUUGUAACCAACAUACAGGCUCAUUCCCCUCUCCCAAAAAUACCUGAUAUGACCAGUAUGGCUUCCAUUCUGGAAAACAAACUGCGGACACAGGAGAAGACAUCAGAAGAGAGUGUGCAUGUUCAAGAAGAUCCAGUUGGUUCAUCAGAAUGUGGGUCAGCACAGCCAGCUCCUAUCACCCUCAUGCCUCUCCCAUUGGUCCCCACACAUGACAGCCCCUCUGGAGUUUGUCAUGGUGGCCAAUCAGAAGCUGUAUAUGCUGACCCAGCUGAUUGCCUCCAAUCUACGCCAAAACCCCAAGUGACCACAGCUCUGUAUGUAGACCCUGCAAGCGUUCUUCCACUUCAACCCCCCAGUUCAAGAGAACCCGUCACUCUGCCUUCUGAUUCCUCCACUCCCUGCUUCAUCAUCAGUCACCAAGAUUCAAUCUACUCAGAGGUGUAUGACAAAGUCAGCCCAGUCCAGAGCAAACCGAAUGUCGUUAAGAGCAAAGGAAAGAUGAAGGGUUUUGCAGAUGAUGAACCCAUUUAUACUGAGCCCCUGAGCAAGAAGGAGUCUCAUAAAAAUGAAACCAAACCAGACCCAUUUGCCCACCUUUAUGCUCAAGUUUGCAAAACAACUCCAACUUCUAGUCCCUCUUCAUCUUCUAACACCACCCCGUCCUUCUCUGCGUCCUCUUCCCCUGUUACCACCAGUAUGACCACAGCAAAAGCCUCGGACCAAUCUCUUGAUGAUGUCAUCUAUGAAAACCUGGGCAUUAUUUAAUUCAGCCAUUUAAAUCAACUGAGUACCAAAAUGCUUUACCUACUUCUGCAGUAUGUAAAGCCUAACUGCACUUGCUGUUGUGUGUAUGUAUUCAAACAAUUUGCUUGUGUCCAUUCAUGUGUUACUGUCUAUUCAAAAAUCAACUAGUUGUGAACAAAUUAAAAUUUACUGUAUGUGUAAUGGUUUGGCUUACUAAACUAACCUUUCUUAGAGAGGGACAAAUUUCUGAGUUCUACAGCUGAAAAUGCUUAAAGAGGGAAUUCCACCCUAAAAAGCCCAACUUUGGAAGAUACUCCCUUUGACUAACUGCUGAAGCCUCAUAUUAACCUCAAGUAAACUUUGGAAUUUAUUUUGCACGAAUGAGAGCUGUGGAUUUUUUCCCAUAUCUUUUACACUGGAAGCUCAUUUGGAAGAAUUCUCUUAAUGCACAGUAUUUUGAAAAAAUGUGAAUCUAUAUUUUAACAGGGACCCAACAGUAUCCAUGUAGGGACAAAUAUCACUGAGACCUUCUGUUCAAAACUGCAUUAGAGAACCUCCUCUAUUAACACUAUUGCUAGAUUGACAUAUUCACAUUCUGGGGCAUAUAGGGUGUUCUUCCACAGCCUGGACAAUGUGAGCACAAGCACAAAUUCAAACCGUAUCAAGAUGAUAAAACUGUUCAAUUAAAUCAAGACAGUCUCAAUGUAAAAAUGUUUUGUAAAUAUUCCGAGAAUAACUAAAAAAAAAUCUAAUCAAUGGACUGAAUUUGCAAAUUUCAGACAAUUUGUAUGCACUGCACAGGGAUACAUGAUAUAUUUUUCUAAUGCCAUAAGGUUGACAAUAUAUUAAAUUAUUAAAUCCAUGUUGAUUAGUUUUCUUAUGAUAUUGUUUUGUUGAGUAACUCAAAUAAGCAUGUUUACAAAGAAUGUCAUAUCAUUGCUUUUCAUGUGUGUCUGAUUUUUUGUUAUAAUGCUGUAUAAAUAGCAGACGAAAUAAGUAUUUGUUGCUUUUAUAGAGCAUUUCUGAAAGUAUUAGUAAAAGUUAUGUAUUGCCCACACCUCUUUCUAUCUGAACAAACUAGGCUGUUCCAUGAACACAUAACCAAUAUAGAUCAUAUUUUUAUAUGUAAAUAUAUUUACUUUUUUUUUAACCACAAAUGAAUGUUGUACAAAAUGUUGUAUGUGUUGGCCACAUUCAUUUUAUACAAAUCAACUAAUUUCUCUUUGGUAUUUAAAGCAUGCCAAUGUAACUUUUGAAAGAAAAACACACUCCUCCUUUUAUAAAUCAAAGUUCACUUCAUUAGCAUUAAAAUGCACCAUUGAUCAACUCUAUACACUCAAGGGUCUGUCCCUACAACUUUACCUGGUCUGGUAUGACCAGCAGCUUAUGAUGUCUAAUAUUAGCUAAUGUAAGCAAACGUCAGACAGAUGUUACUGUAUAAAAACAAAAACUACAGUAAGCCAGCUCACUGACUUUAUGACUCUACUCAACUUCUGCUACUAUUAUUAUUUUUCUGCCCAAGAAAAAGAGUAAACCUAGAAAGUCUCCUGAACCCUGGCACUAAUUUCCAGAGUCUCCUUGUUAAUUUUAUUGGGGAGUCUGCUUGGCAUUCUUAUUGAUACCCUGGUGUUCCUGCUUCUGUUCUGUAGACUCCUCUAGUGUUUUAAUAUGCCCUCCCCAGAAUAAUGUACUAUUUGGAUUAAUUUUGUACUGAUAGAUUGUGUUACAUGUAUGUUCAUGUAUCAUAUUCUGACACGAUCACUUGGAUGUUUUGUCAUGAUGAGAUGAUCUUUAAAGUUAUUGUUGCAGUAUUAACAUUGUUAUUGAAUA